AUGUCCGGCGAGGCCAGCGCAACAUCAGACGGGGCAUCGAACAACAACGAGCAGCUUGUCAUCUCCAUCGACCCGAAGCACCCAGCGAACCUAGUCCCGUCGCUGUGCGCCAAGUUCUGGACCCUGGGUUGGGUGACCGGUACCGGUGGUGGCGCUUCUAUCCGUGAUGGGCCACUGUAUGGCAGAAGCGCUCCUAACAAGCUAUUGCAAAGGGAUCUUGUGUACAUUGCGCCUUCUGGCGUGCAGAAGGAGUUGAUGAAGAACACGGAUAUUUACGUUAUGUCACUCGAGGCACAAGCCAAACUGGAAGCAGAACAGAAGGCAAACGGCACAUAUAACUUCUACCGACCGGAACGCACGUAUCUGCGGAGUCCCGUGAACCUGAAGCCGUCGCAGUGCACCCCGCUGUUUUUGGCCGCAUUCACGAAGCGCAAGGCUGGCUGUUGCAUCCACACGCACAGCCAGUGGGCGGUGCUGGUGACGCUUCUGCUGGAGCAAGAUGGCCGGCAAGGCGGCAACGGGCGCGAGUUUUGUAUCAACAAUGUGGAGCAGAUCAAAGGCUUCCGCCGUGGCUACCAGAAGACAGGCAACAUGGGCUACCACGACACCCUGCGCAUCCCUGUAAUCGAGAACACACCUCAAGAGGAGGAUCUGACUCCGUUCCUGGAGGAGGCGUUGGACGAGUACCCCGAUACAUACGCGGUGCUGGUGCGUCGGCACGGUGUAUAUGUGUGGGGUGAUACGCCGGACAAGGCCAAGGUAGUGGCAGAGUGCUACGAUUACCUGUUCCAGCUGGCCGUUGAGAUGCGCAAGCUUGGGUUGCCGUGGGUCAGUGACAUCAAGCCGGUCGAUCUCAAGCACCACCAAUAA